AUGUCGUUGCCACCAGUCCAAGUGAUGGCAUGUGAGAAUGAAGAUAUGCCAAGCUCGGCGCCAAGUUUCUCCGGUUCCGCUGUCUCGUCGGUUUCUUCGAGCCUCGACAAAGUUGACAAGAACGAGAACCAGCAUAAUGGAGGAUUGCCGACAUUUUUCACAGCACACCUUCAAAUACAGCAGUCUCCCGAAGUCUGGAACCGUCCGUGCGAAUGUGGUGGCAUAGGAGAUCACAAUCAUCACAUCACGAUGAACGGGGCUGGCGGUAGUGAGCCUGCCACGCCUUCGACGACGAACAGGCGGAAUGGUCGCCUGCCCAACUAUGUCCAGAUUGCCAAAAGUUAUGUCUUUGAGCAGGAGAUCCAGAAGUGCUUGCGGGACACGGGUGUCAGUCAAGCCAGAGAGGACAACAUCAGGCUUGCUGGCGUGCAGUGGAUCGACAACGUGCGAAGGGCACUGAAACUACCAGUCAAGACGUUCAACACCGCAGUUGUAUACUACCACAAGUUUCGUUUACAGCAUUCAGACGGCGAGUACAGCUUUGUGGACGCAGCAGCCGCAUCACUCUUUACAGCUUGCAAGGUCGAGGAUACGCUCAAAAAGUCCCGAGACAUCCUCUGUGCAGCACAUAAUUUGAAAGUCCCACGUCACGAACAGCUCUCUCCAGAUGAUCAGGUCUUUGAACAAUCAUCACGCACUAUAAUCGGCCUGGAAAGACUCAUGCUCGAAGCAUCGGGAUUUGACUUCCGCAACCGACACCCACAAGAACUUCUAAUCAAGCUGGCCAAGCUGUACAAGUUCGAAAGGACGUCUGCUGUAGUCAAAAAUGCCUACAGCAUGAGCCUGGAUCUGUACCGCACAUUCGCCCCGCUCAAGCAACAAACGGCAACGCUGGCGUUCGCCUGCCUUGAAUUAUCCGGCCGCCUCCUGGGCCAAGAACAUGAGGACAUCUGGCGUGGAAGGGACUACAGGAGUUGGAAGAUUACUCGUGGAAUGGUCAUGGAAACCCUUCUCGACCUCCUCGAGCUCUACACGCACCACCGCACGUCAACGGCGAUCGGGCCAGACUUUCCAGUCGAUACGUUCCUCACCGUACGCAUCCCACUGAACCUUGAGUCCGAGGAUAGGAACAUUCCGCGGUACACAGUGUGGGUCGACGGCCCGCACGGUCAGGCUACAGCCAACGGUGCAACGAAUGGCUCAUCACACGGAAGGUCACGCUCGUCCAGUAAGAAUGUCAGUCCGAAAGACGUUACGAGUCCUAGCACGAAUAACAGUUCCGUGAGUACUGCCGCGACGAGUUUGGCCGGUGCCGCUGCCAAUGCGGCUGCGUUGAGACAGCGUGCUGGUGACCGAGGACGAGAGGGUACCGUCAGGUUCAUUCUCAACCCGGAUAGAGAGCGGGAGGAGAAGAGUAUUGUCGAAUCGUACAGGCGCGAGUGACCUGUCAAUAUUGAUGCAGAUGUUGUCACGUACAGUGCCGGCACUUGGUUGCAUUUUUGGAUCAUCCAUUGGGACAACAUUGGCGCGUUAUCGGAAAAGGCGGGAGCAUUCUUAUAUCAAACACAGCGCAGGCGUAUGGCGUUCGACACAAGGCCCUGCAUGUACAGCAGCAAUCUACAGGAAUUUCCGGAUUGAUGCCUAUCCGAUGCGACAUACCCAAGUGCCAACCCAUCAGAAGUCCUCCACGCGCUCUUCCUACAAGCCCGCUAACAACUUCGAGAAAUCCUCCUUCGAAUACUUGACGACCUUCCCUUUUCCCUUGUCGACUUCAUGGUAUCUAUCCCAAAACCGGCCAUACAAAGCCUCGAUGGUCCCCUGAAUCUCUCGACUCAAAGAACUCCUCACCUCAUUCUCCAUAUGUAACGACUUGUGUCGCGCCACCAAGU